AUGUUCGAUUAUCUUAAACAUGGUCUGGAAAGUGGCGAUCCAACCGUGUUAGGCAUUAUUAUUGGGAUUGUCGUAGGAAUUUUGACAUUAGUACUUGUGAUAGUCAGAAGCCGGGGAAAGAGUAAAAGACAUGGCGUCUUGCUGCUGGGCAUCUGUGAUGCCGGUAAAACUCUGAUCUUCUCCCAGUUGGUUCAUAAAGCUUUCAAGCAGACAUAUACAUCAAUCAAGAUAAACUCAGGGGACUAUGAAGUGACAGAAAAAAAGAAAAAGCUGCGUAUCAUUGACCUGCCUGGGCAUGAAAGGUUGAGAGGUCAGCUGUUAGAGGAAUACAAAAGUCUGGCAAGGGGUUUGGUGUUUGUUGUCGACAGUGGAGCGCUGCAGAAAGAAAUCAAGGAAGUUGCAGAAUACUUGUACACCAUUCUUAGUGACAGAACUGUGUCUAGCAACACACCUCCAAUUCUCAUCCUGUGCAACAAACAAGAUCUUACACUUUCCAAAGGUGCCAAGGUCAUUCGUAGCCAACUGGAGAAGGAAAUGAACACCUUGAGAGUGACUCGAACUGCAGCCCUGAAAGGUGUGGGGGACACAGCAAACAACAACACCUACCUGGGCAAGAGAGACAAGGACUUUGAUUUCUCUGACGUCAAGCCUCUUAGAGUUGAAUUUGCUGAGUGUAGUGCGCUGGGUAGGGGUCAGAGUUCAGAAGGUCCGGAUCUAGGUGAACUUUAUCGCUGGCUUGCCAGAGUAGCUUAG